AUGAAGAUGUUCAAGUUGGACAUCAGGUCACACAGCGCCAUGUUGGUGUCACAAGAUGCCCCAUUGCAAUAUGAUGACCAAGAAGGCAUUCAGCACCCAACCCAUUGUUACGAAUCACCUGGAACUGAUACGUAUAUUUCACUACCUAUUCACCCUCCAGUCAUCAUAAACCUAAAUGAUGAAGAUGAUGAAGAGGACGAUGAAGAGAACUACAUUUCUGAGUGGGUGCCUAAGACUGCUGCAGAUAUCGAAGAGGAAAGAGCAAUAAAGGAAAUAUGCUAUAAAUCUGGAGAAUAUUACAGGGUGCAGUACCCUCAGGAGAACCAGUCAACAAGCACUGUGCCUUCAUUCUGGGAAAAUGGGCUAUUACCCUUUGAAGCUCCUAAGCAAGUUGUGCAGAAAGAAUUUACAUCAGAAACAAAUCACACAGAGCUUCUAAAGAAAUAUCACUGUAAAGAUUUAAAAGAAAAUAAAUGGGUCUCUGAGGAGCCAAGAAAUUCUCCUAAUACAGUAGGAAGCAAAGGAAUUCACACUUCAUAUUGCAAAGUAAAACCAUGUCAUCAACAAAGAAGUCAAAGGAAGGGUACUGAAAUUGCUGCUUCUGUUCCAAAUGUGAGAGAAACUAGAAGAAAAACUCAUUUAAAUUCUCCAAACCCUCGAAGAUCAGCAUAUGUAGUCUACCGUAGUGUCACUCAUGAGCCAAAUUCCAAUGGAUCUACAAAGCAACCACAACUAUUUUCAUUACCUUUCUGUUCUGCUGUACCUGAGCCAUAUGGUGGAAAAUGCUCCAAAGUAGAAAAUCAGCUUACCAUAAACAGGAGAUUGUGCACCCACAUGCAAAACUAUGACAAAUAUAACUCAGGAUUUUACAGUGCACCAGCUUGGAAGAAUAGAAAUCCACAUGCAAAAACGUUCCCUAAGAAUAGAAGAACCAUUCAUACCCAAGAGGAUUUGGAAAUGAAUAGAAAAGGAGAACAAUACACAGAGAGGAGAGAUGAUGGGAAUGCUUCAAUUUACAAGAACAAUUGA